AUGGGGAACCUCCAGAGCCUGGAAUCGAGUGAGAAGCAUUCUCUUAGCAAGGCAGAACUCGAGCGGAUGGAGCGACGGUUGAAACGGCUGGGCCGCGGGGAGACGGAGCUGGCCCUCACGGACUUCCAACUGAUACCAGAGAUUGCCGGCAACCCCUUCCUGGCCCGCAUCUUCCAGCUUUCCGACCGCAACUGUGAUGGCUACAUGGAUUCCCAGGACCUGAGGGAGCUCAUGCUGCGCCUGACGGAGCUGAGGGACCUGGAAGCCAAGCACCGCUUUGUGUUCGGGAUAUACGAUGCCGAUGGGGACGGCUUUGUCACCGCCCAGGAUCUUCACCGCCAGUUGCAGGAGACCAACACGCGAGGACUGCCGGAGGACAAGCUGUGGAAGGUCGUGGAGGCCACCAUGGAGGAGUUUGACACCGAUGGGGAUGGCGCCCUCGGCUUUGAGGAGUUUGUCGAGCUCAUCACAGCUGUGCCCUCAAUGGGAUGA